UAAGUUAGUAGACCGUGAACAGCCGAAGUGAUCGGUGAUCUCAACGAUUGUCUACACAUUGAAAACUUUCAUUUUCUAUUAUUAUAUACAAUUAUAAAUAAACAAAAAUAAAUAUUUUAAGUGAAUAAAUUGAUUAUCAUAAUCAUGAACAAUUUAAUUAUUUUAAUCUCAGUAAUUUUUGGUUUAUUGUCUACUGUAAAUUCAACACCUUUUGAUUACUGGAAAUUAAGAGCUCAAAUAAUUGAAAAUGAACAAAAAUCUACCCUUGGAGGUCAACUUGAAUUUAAUCAUGGUGAAAAAAUUGCUAACGAUUUUCUAAUGUCGAAGAAACGUGCCGAAUUUCUAAAUGCAUUUAAAAAUUCAAGUAAUUUUUUACCUGCACAUAAUUUCGUAAAUGUAAUAAAAGACAUAGAAAAGUCCGAAGUUUAUAAGAUCAUUCAAAAAAUGCCAAAAGGUGCUGUACUUCAUGCACACGACACAGCACUCGUUUUAUCCGAUUGGAUUUUACGAAACGUAACAUAUCGACCUAAUCUUUACAUAUGUUUAUUAACAAAUGGCAAAUUAAAAUUACAUUUUUUUGACGAACCAAGUACAGACUGUAAUUGGGAACUUUUAAGUAAUAUUAGAAAAAUUGUACGAAAUAUCGACGAAAGAAUAUACAGAGAAAUGACUAUGACCAUGGAAGAUAUUGAUAAUUAUGCCGAUGUCGAUGAAGCAUGGUCUAAAUUUAACAAAAUAUUUUCAUUUAUUAAACCAUUGCUCACUUAUAAACCAGUUUGGGAGGAUCAUUAUUAUCAAGCUUUGACCGAUCUUUACAAUGACAAUGUUAUGUACAUCGAAUUUCGUACUACACUUCCAAAUUUGUACGAUCUCAAUGGCACCGUUUAUUCGCAACUCGAAACAGUCGAGGUUUAUAAAAAGAUUACGGAAAGAUUUGUGUCAGAACAUCCAGAUUUCAUAGGUGCCAAACUAAUAUAUGCACCUUACCGUGGUAUAAAUGUAACAGAAUUGGAUGAAUAUUUAAAAACAUUGAAAACAAUCAAAGAUAAUUAUCCUACAUUCUUAGCUGGAUUCGAUUUAGUUGGACAAGAGGAUAAAGGAACACCUUUGAUAGUUUUCGCUAAUAAAUUGAAAGAUUUCGAUCCAUCGAUGAAUUAUUUUUUCCACGCUGGUGAAACUGAUUGGUAUGGUACAAGUACUGAUGAAAAUUUAAUUGAUGCUGUUCUAUUAGGUGCCAAACGAAUUGGACACGGAUACGCUUUAACAAAACACCCACUCUUAAUGGAAAUGGCAAAACAACGUGGAAUCGCAGUUGAAGUUAAUCCAAUCUCCAAUCAAGUUUUAGGUCUUGUAAAAGAUCUUAGAAAUCAUCCAGCAGUCGAAUUAUUUGCGAACAAUUAUCCAAUCGUAAUAUCGAACGAUGAUCCUGGAUUAUGGGGUGCUCGAGCAUUGAGUUAUGAUUUUUAUCAAGCUUUCGUUGCUAUCAUGUCACAAAAUUCAGAUUUGAGAGCUUUAAAACAACUAGCAUUGAAUUCAAUUACGUACAGUAGUUUGAAUGCUGUAGAAAAGGAAAAAGCAUUGAAAGUUUGGAGACAAAAAUGGAAUAAUUUUGUACAAACUUUAACUAAUCAAGUUGUUUAA